GCCAGAGUUUGACCGACUCCAGCCGAGUCAGACUUAUUCCAUCACGCACAAAACUAAUCUAUGUUAUCGUCUUCAGAUCGCAAUACUACAAUAACUAUACUGCUUUGAAUACGUGCCUUGUUGAUGCAUAUUUGAAUUUGGAAAUAAAAUAGCUUUUUUUAACUUUUGAUGGUAAAAAGUUGGCAAAUCAAGUACUCAUACAUUAGUGAUAUUGAAACCAAGAUGCGACCGCUAUUUUUAAGUACUUGUGUAAUAGUUUUGUGCUAUUUGCAUUUGACUCAAUCGGAACAUGAAGCCUCUGAUAUUGCACGGAUAUUUUCAGCCUGUCAUAUGAAGUCGCCGGAAUUUGACGUUUGCAUGAAGAGAGCUUUCAACAAAAUACGGCCGUAUUUCAAAGUGGGCAUCCCGGAAAUGGGUGUGGCACCGUUUGACCCUCACUUCGCUAGCGAGGUGAAGCAGUCCAGAGCCAUCAUAGGAAUGGGCUACACGCUGACUCUUCACAACGUCUACGAAAGAGGCUGGACCAACUCUACUGUCACCAAAUACAAAACAGACUGGGACAACCAAAGAAUUGUUUACUCUCAAUAUUUUCCUGAAAAAUGGCUCGAGGGCGACUAUGAGUUUAAGGGAGACGCAUUCGGGUUGGGCGUGAUGCGUACAGGGCGUUGGAACAUGACGCUGCGCGACUACUCGCAGACGACGCGCAUCAAACGCAACGAUGACGGAGUCUCUGUCCACGUAGAGGUGGACCAUAUAGGGGACAUGGAGAUACAUGUUGGCAACCUGCUGCGAGGCAACGGGAUACUGGAGGGUAUGUUAGACAGGAUUAUCAACUUUUCGUGGAAGCCCGGCUUCGCGGUGAUACGGCCCUUGAUCAACGACCUCGUGAGCACUGCCUUCACAGACAUCUGGAGUCAGUCGUUCAAGAAUUUUCCUCUUGACAACUUUAUUAAGUGAACAACAUCUUAAAAGUAAUUUAAUAUUCACUAUUGAGACAAACUUUUUAUGUCAUAUUAUUCAUUAUUUAGGCGAAGAAUUAAGGUGGAAUGAAUGUCUAGAAAAGAAAAGUGUAAAAUUAACUAAUGAAUUCGUCAACAUCGGUAAAUUCCAAAACAUAACAUUAACAAAUGAUCGUUAUUACAAGUUUUAAACAAAGAUCCACUAUAUUUUGUGCCAGGAGAGCAAUAUUUCUAUCAUUGUUUAAAGUAAAUGUCAGAUUAUUUCCUGUCCAAAAGUAGUUUUUAAUCAUGUACAUAUUUUCUUCAACAAUACUCUUUUACAAUAAGGUUUUCUAUAGAAAAAUUACUAGUCGAUUAUAAUAUACAAGGUGUAAUUAUAAUAUAAUAUAUUGGGAAUGGGUGUAACCAUAUGUAUGUAAAUAAAAAUCCAG